GUGCCGAAGAUGAGGCUGCCGAUCACCGGCUCAACCACGACAAGAUGAUGGCAUGUCGCGCCAUUGGCUGGCCUCAGUAGCUCGUCUAGCUUUGGUCCCACGGUUGCUCGACCCCGGCCCUAUUCCCAGCCUUCUUCAACUCUUAAUUAACGUUGCUCCCUCCCCGAAUUCCUCAUCCCAUCGUCGAAUCUCACUCAACACAUUCCAGACCAAAGAGCUCCCGCGCCUCACAACUACCUAAGCUUCCUCCAACUUGCCAACUUUCAAAAGACCGAUUCACUUCGUUCAAUUACACUCCAACAUACACAAUGGCCGCCAUCAGCAUGCCCCUCGCCGCUCGCGCCGAGCACGCUCUCCUCCACCUCGCCAAGCGCAACAAGAACUGGGCUCAGCGUGAGCCCGGUGUUAUUGUCGUCUUCGUUAUUGUUUUCCUUGUCGCCAUCUUGGUUAUUGCCAUGUUCAUCAACAAGAGGAGGCAAGCCGCCAAGGGCGUCGCCGUCUAAGAUACCCCCGCAAUCGCGUUGAUUUAAAGUCGAGAUGAUGGAAACAAGGAAAUGACGACGAUAUCAAAGUCGUAAAGAUGUAUGACGUUGCAUGGUCAACAGUACAGUUGAAUAAUGUGUUUGGAUAUCCUCAUGUAGUGUCUGCUUUGAUGCUUUUUCCUUAGUGGAAUCGCAACCAUGAGAUGGAAGUGCGAAUGCCUACAUUCUAAGGGUUCGCGGUAAUAAUGAUCAAGUCAAAUUAUUGAAA